AUGGGACUGCUCCGCCGCGACGUGCCUCAGUGCCCGGCCGGUCGGCAUUGCGCGCAGUGGUUUAGAGAGCAUAUGCAGUACUGCCUAUGCAGCACGAAGGACGGGAUAUCUCUGUCCUUGGGCGUGGUCAGUGUCGUCAGCUGGGGCGUUGCCGAGAUACCGCAGAUCGUCACGAAUUACAAGCUGAAAUCCGCGGAGGGUCUUUCCCUUGCUUUCCUGACGACAUGGAUACUUGGGGAUUUGUUCAACCUUUUUGGCUGCAUGCUGGAACCUGCCACGCUUCCGACACAAUACUACAUGGCAGUGCUGUAUACUAUCGCUACAUGGGCUAUCUUUGGGCAAACGGUAUACUAUGGUCACAUCUACCCUCGGUUGAAGUACAGGCGGCCAUUCUGCAAGGGUCCCAAGCCUAAUGAGAUUGAAUCAGCGGGAAAUGAUAGACUAAGCAUUCACAAAGACAGUGUGAAACAACACAACAGCUCUGAGAGAUUGCAAAAUGGGUCUGACACCAUUGAUAGACAAAGUGUUUUGAGCUCACCAAUUCCUCUUCCAGCACUUCCAACAAAUGCUUCACAUCAGCAAGGAUUAUAUUAUGCAUCAGCAAGAUCUUUUUCAAGUAGCCAUACACCAAUAGCAGGAUCUUGUUUUCCACAAAGGAUGAGUCCCAAAAAUGCUGAUAAUCAAGGUACAUUUGAAGAGCCAUUGCUUGCUGGAGAUUCGUCAGAACAAUCUACACCAUCCCCGAAGACCAAAAACAUGCUGUGUCUGGUCUCUCUAGUUAUGUUUUUUGGCACUUUCAAUCUCCCAAAGCCAGUUAAAGACAGAGCAAGUUCUGUUUCCAGGAAACACAGUGGACGCAUCAUGCAAGUUGGAAGAAAGCUUUUGCAGGUUAAUGAUGGGAUGCUUCAAGAAAAUGGUUUUGCCGGAAAUAGUGGAGUUGGUACUUUCCUCGGUUGGGCAAUGGCAGCUAUUUACAUGGGGGGAAGGCUUCCUCAGAUUUGCUUAAAUAUCAGGAGGGGAAAAGUUGAGGGACUCAAUCCAUGGAUGUUCCUUCUUGCUUUGAUUGGAAACAUUACCUACGUAGCAAGUAUACUAGUCAGCAGCUUAGACUGGUCAAAAAUCAGGCCAAAUUUACCUUGGCUGGUGGAAUCAAGCGGUUGUGCCCUUCUGGACAUUUUCGUAUCCUUGUCAAUCCAAUUACAAAUGUAUCAAUGUUGA